UGUAACAUGGCGAUGUCUAUGUGGCAGUAAUCUGUGAGUGUAAUCUGUGUGUGUACUGUAUGUGUCACUAUCAGCCAUGCAUCCAGAAUUUGUUCCAUCUGAUGUGAGAAACAAUGGACCUCCUCCGGACGAGUUUACAUUUGUUUCCACACCGCUUUCUCCCGGUACAGAAAAAGAUGUGGCUGGAUCGAUGGCAACUGGAAUGUACAGCUCGCACAAGAGACAGUCUGAUUCACGCUACAGGGGAGGACCGACGUCAUUCCUGCAGACAAGAGGCUUUGGCUGGCUCAUGGAGGUCGAUGACACGAUAGAUGAUGAAGAAAAUCCAUUGCUAGAGGAGCUGGACAUCGAUUUGAAGGAGAUAUUCUACAAGCUGCGCUGUGUUCUGAUUCCUUUUCCAUUCGCUGGCUUCAAGCACCAGGUUGUGAAAGACAGUCCAGACUUUUGGGGCCCGUUGCUUGUUGUACUGCUCUACUCUCUUGUGUCUCUCUAUGGACAGUUCAGAGUUGUUUCUUGGAUCAUCACAAUCUGGGUAUUUGGCUCUAUCAUUAUAUUUCUCCUGGCAAGAGUUCUUGGCGGUGAAGUCAACUAUUCUCAAUGUCUUGGGGUGAUAGGUUACUCUUUAUUACCACUUGUUAUCAUAGCAUCACUGCUGCCAUUCGUGGCAAGUUAUGCCAUCAUUGCCAUGUUGCUUAAGAUUGUGGGCGUGACAUGGGCAUCCUACAGUGCUGGCUCACUUCUCUGUGGUGCUGAACUUCAACACAAGAGGCUGCUACUGUUGUAUCCAGUGCUGCUGCUAUACAUCUACUUUCUGUCUCUCUACACAGGAGUAUAGAACCAAUGAUGCUGUGUUUUGCAGCACCAUGUUGCAACGUGACAGUGAUAGAGAUAAAUCAUUAGCAUGUGAGCUGCUUGCCUUGGAUGAAUCUGUUGCUAGGCAACUGAAUGUUAGAGCCCAGGUGAUGGUGACAAUGACUUUCAUCUGUAAUGGGGAAGUUUAGCUCUCAGAGAGCUGGGAUUGCCCCUGUAUUGGGUCUCUUUAUAGGCAUUGGCCCUAUAUUUGCCAGCUGUUUGCCAUACUGGUUCUUAAACAACGUUUUGACUGCUGGGUUCAUUUUUAGAACACAGUGGAUCCUUUUGGAGAGGAGUACUGUAAGCCCCACAUUUGUAGGUAUAGCAAAACAAGUUAUUGCUAUAUAAAUUUAUAUAGGCUGGUAAGAAUGAAAUUAUUUUUGCAAUCGUACACUGAUGUGUACAGAUAUAAUAAAUUCAGCAACUAACUAAUUCAGUACAACAUGUUAUGACAUAAUCUAAAUAUCUCAUGUUUGUUUUCAUAGUAAUAAGAAAAUUAAUAGUCAUUAUAAUAUACCUUGUAGUUGCCAGUUCUAGGGCAUGGUAACAUUUCAUUGAAAAAGCAAAUUCUGUUUUUAUGCAUUACACCCCUCUUGUGAGCAACAAGUAGCAAACUUAAAUUCAAAUGUUUGCAAUAGUGUAAGUGACUUGGCUAUGUAGUUUUCAGUCAAUUUACACUGAUGGGGGCUGGUGUAUCUACAUUAGCUUGCUGGGGGAAACUUCAUUUAUGGAAUCUGGGAUUUCAAAUGUGUUUAUAAAUCGUGUAAUUUUUGUGAAUAUUAUCUAUGAAUGAAUUAAGGUUAUCAUGGUAAAUAUUCUAGCUAUGAUCAAUCGCAUUCAAAGUAAUGAUUGUCACUUGUUUGCAUCUCUAUGAUAUUUACUGGUCUAUCCAUAACAUUAUGUAUUGUAUAUGUAAAUAAUUAUGUUUAUAGAACAAAGG